GGUAAGCGCCACAGUUUCUCAUGCCAGUCUAGCACAGCCCUAUGAGAAAGCGAGAGUGCCUGUGUAAAUUUGUGCGGCAAGGUUGCUACCCAAACCGAAGAAAGCCCGCCGGACGAUGACAAGCCAGGCUACAGCGGCUGUCAUAGUAGAGGACAUUAUCCUGUGAACUAAAGGAAUUCGCCGUAUCAUAUAGGCAUUCUGUUGUAAUCGACCUUUUAAAGAAAAGAAAAAAACAGACGGGCAAACGAAGUUGCGCGCACUGAAUGUUCAUAGAUUAAUUAUUGUGUUCGUAGCUAAUAUCAGCCCGGUGAAACCUUGCAUCGGUUUUUGGGGAUCUUUAGGCUAUGAAUGAGGCGAUUUAGGCUAUGAAUGAGGCGACAUUGGGUAUCUGAAAUUUUCUAGGGAUUGGGAGUGAAUGGACCUUGGGUAAAAUCUCUAAAUUGAUUGAGCAUCAUUGAGGAACGCCGUUGUAGACUUUACCGUAGUAGGCUACUCCGAGCAUUUCCCGUGGAUGUAAGUAGCUACAACACUCCAUCACCUAAAGGAAGAGAAGACAAUUCAUUACUGGCUGUGUGAUCAGAAUAAAAACAGCACCAGGAGCUUCCAUUGAAACCCGAAAGAAACAUGUGAAGACCGUGGUGAAGAUAAAAGCGCGAACCUAGCCUUUGAGAACACAAAGAGGAAGGUAGCCUCCCUCCCACUCCUCCUCCAUCCUCCCCCUGUUCAGUCUGCUGUUGCCUUGUUGCAGAGUCCCUAGUGGUAUGGAGGGCCGACGGUCGCGGCGAGUCACACAAUACAGCGCCAGGACUUUCCCAGCGGGCCCUACACGGGGCGCUGUGCUGGCCAUGCUGGGCUGCUGGGUGUUAGCUGUCGCUGCCACCGUGUGCCAAGGCCAGACCACCUUCACCAGCUUCCACCCAGAGCGCCGGGAGUGGGCCUUCAACCAUCUGACGGUCCACCAGACAACUGGGGCGCUCUACAUCGGAGCAGUAAACCGUGUCUACAAGCUAUCAGGCAACCUGACCCUGAUGGUGUCCCACGACACAGGCCCUGAGGACGAUAACAAGGCCUGCUACCCGCCCCUCAUCGUCCAGCCCUGCUCUGAACCCCUGACCUCCACAAACAACGUCAACAAGCUGCUCCUCAUAGACUACAGCCAGAAUCGCCUUCUGGCUUGCGGUAGCCUCUACCAGGGAGUCUGUAAACUCCUUCGUCUGGACGACUUGUUUAUCCUAGUGGAGCCGUCCCAUAAGAAAGAGCACUACCUCUCCAGUGUCAACCAGACAGGCACCAUGUACGGGGUAAUCGUGCCCUCCCAUGGCCAGGACGGGACUCUCUUCAUCGGGACGGCAGUAGACGGCAAGCAGGACUACUUCCCUACCAUCUCCAGCCGUAAGCUGCCCCGUGACCCAGAGUCCUCAGCCAUGCUUGACUACGAGCUCCACACGGACUUCGUCUCGUCUCUGAUAAAGAUCCCAUCAGACACGCUUGCGCUGGUGUCCCACUUCGACAUCUACUACGUGUAUGGCUUCGCCAGUGGUUCCUUCGUCUACUUCCUGACCGUCCAGCCUGAGACGCCGGAGAACAGCAUGUCAUCUGGCGGAUCCUCCAAUGACCUCUUCUACACCUCGCGCAUCGUACGCCUCUGCAAGGAUGACCACAAGUUCCACUCGUACGUCUCCUUACCCGUGGGCUGCGUGAGGAAUGGCGUGGAGUACCGUCUCCUGCAGGCUGCCUACCUAGCUAAGCCGGGCCGUGUGCUGGCCGCCUCGCUGAACAUCAGUGCCACGGACGAUGUGCUCUUCACCGUGUUCUCCAAGGGCCAGAAGCAGUACCACCAGCCGCCAGAUGACUCUGCGCUCUGCGUGUUCACCAUCAAGGACAUCAACGCUCGUAUCAAGGAGCGCCUGCAGUCCUGCUACCAGGGAGAGGGCAACCUGGAGCUCAACUGGCUGCUGGGAAAAGACGUGCAGUGCACAAAAGCUCCGGUGCCCAUCGAUGACUCGUUCUGUGGUCUGGACAUCAACCAGCCCCUAGGCGGCUCUCAGCUGGUGACGGGACACACCCUCUACACAGAGACUCGGGACCGCAUGACCUCCGUCACCUCCUACGUCUACAACGGAUACUGCGUGGCCUUCGUCGGCACCAAGAACGGACGCCUCAAAAAGAUCCGUGUGGACGGUCCUCCUCACGGUGGGGUGCAGUAUGAGAUGAAGCUGGUCAUCAAGGACGGCAGCCCCAUCCUCAGAGACAUGGCCUUCUCUCUGGACCACAACUACCUCUACGUCAUGUCAGAGAAACAGGUGACCCAGGUGCCUAUAGAGUCAUGUGAUCAGUACGGGACGUGUGGAGAGUGCCUGAGCUCCGGUGACCCCCACUGUGGCUGGUGUGUCCUACACAACAUGUGUUCUCAGAAGGAUCGUUGUGAGCGUGCUGAUGAGCCGUACCGUUUCGCGGCCGCUCUCUCCCAGUGUGUGAAGGCCACCGUGUACCCAGAUAGCAUCGCAGUGUCAGAUCCCAGCAUGCCGUUGCUGGUGAAGGUGUCUGAUGUCCCCGACCUCUCAGCUGGGAUCACCUGUUCCUUUGGCAACCUGACAGAGGUAGAGGGACAGGUCAGCGGUAACCAGAUCCUCUGUGUGUCCCCCGCUGCUAAGGAUGUCCCUCUCAUCCCCACCGACCAAGACUGGUCAGGUGUAGAGUUAAGGCUGAACUCUAAGGAGACUGGCCAGAUGGUCAUCAGCACAGAGGUCAAGUUCUACAACUGCAGUGUCCACCAACUGUGUCUGUCCUGCGUGAACAGUGCCUUCCGCUGCCAUUGGUGCAAGUACCGAAACCUGUGUACCCACGACCCUUCCAGCUGCUCCUUCCAAGAGGGACGUGUCAACGCCUCUGAGGACUGUCCUCAGCUGGUACGUUCGGAGGAGAUUCUGAUCCCGGCUGGGGAGGUGAAGCCCAUCACCCUGAAGGCCCGGAACCUCCCCCAGCCCCAGUCAGGCCAGCGGGGGUACGAGUGUGUCCUCCACAUCCAGGGGGUCAGCCACCGAGUCACCGCCCUGCGCUUCAACAGCUCCUCUGUACAGUGUCAGAACAGCUCGUAUCUUUAUGAAGGGAUGAAGAUCAGUGAGUUGCCAGUGGAUUUCUCAGUGGUCUGGAACGGCAACUUCAUUAUAGACAACCCAGAUAAAAUACAAGUGCACCUGUAUAAGUGUGCGGCCCAGAGGGACAGCUGUGGCAUGUGUCUGAAGGCCCAGAGGAAGUUCCAGUGUGGCUGGUGUAGUGGAGAGGGCCGCUGUACCCUGCGCCACCACUGCCCGCCCCUCAACCCCCGCUGGCUAGACCUCUCCAGCAAGAACGUCAAGUGUACCAACCCCCGCAUCACCGAGGUGACCCCAGUAGCUGGCCCUCCAGAGGGGGGUACCAGGGUGACCAUCCAUGGCAUGAACCUGGGCCUGGCGUUCAGUGAGAUGGUGGACAACGUGGAGGUGGCUGGAGUCAAGUGUUCCCCUGUGGAGGAAGGCUACAUCAUCGCAGAACAGAUAGUGUGUGAGAUGGACGCAGCACCAGCAGACAGCAAGCCUGGCCCGGUCCAGCUGUGUGUUGGGGAGUGCAGACCUGACCUCAAGACUCGCUCUGCCCAGCUCUACGCUUUUGUGAUGCCAUCAGUGCAGGGCCUGUCCCCCAGCAGAGGGCCUGAGUCUGGGGGCACCAAGGUGACCAUCACGGGGGAGAACCUGGGCGCUGGCAGCAGUGUCACCGUCCUCUUUGGAAACCAGACCUGCGAGUUCUACGGGAGGACCAUGACGGAGAUCGUGUGUUACUCGGCCCCCUCCCUGACUGGGGUGGGUUCGGUGCAGAUCAGCGUGAGCGUGGACCGGGCCCAGGUCAAGGAGAGUCUGAGUUUCGACUACAUCGAGGACCCCACCGUCCAGCGCAUCGAGCCAGAGUGGAGCAUCGCCAGCGGCCACACUCCUCUGAUGGUGACAGGAACUCAUCUGGAUGUUGUGCAGGAGCCCAGGAUGCGCGUCAAGUACGGCGGCCGCGAGUCUGUUAACGUGUGUAAGGUUCUGAACACCACCAGUAUGAAUUGCUUUGCUCCGUCCCUGGUGGCAGAGUACCGUCCAGGCCUGGACACGGUCAAACACGCUGAUGAGUUUGGGUUCAUCUUCAACAACGUCCAGACUCUGCUAGUCUAUAACAAAACCAUCUUCCUCUACUACCCCAACCCAUACUUUGAACCUCUCAGCACCAAUGGAGUCCUGGAACAGAAGCCCGGCUCGCCCAUCAUUCUCAAGGGCAGAAACCUGGUGCCUCAUGCCUCAGGGGGGGUGAAGCUCAACUACACUGUGUUGAUCGGGGAGACCCCCUGCUCUGUCACCGUGUCUGAGACCCAGCUGCUGUGUGAGCCCCCUAACCUCACGGGCCAGUACAAAGUCAUGGUGCAGGUAGGUGGUCUCCAUGUGUCUCCGGGGUCAGUAAACAUCCUGUCAGACAGCCUGCUCACCCUCCCCGCCAUCGUCAGCAUUGCCGCCGGUGGAGGCCUUCUCCUCAUCAUCGUCAUCCUCGUCCUCAUCGCGUACAAACGCAAGUCGCGGGAGAAUGACCUCACCCUGAAGCGCCUGCAAAUGCAGAUGGACAACCUGGAGUCCCGGGUCGCCCUGGAGUGCAAGGAAGCAUUUGCUGAGCUGCAGACGGACAUCAAUGAGCUGACCAGUGAUCUGGACAGAGCUGGUAUCCCUCACCUGGACUACAGGACCUACGCCAUGAGAGUCCUCUUCCCUGGCAUCGAGGACCACCCUGUUCUCAGAGAACUGGAGGUGUCGGGUAACGGUCAGCUGAGCACAGAGAAGGCUCUGAAGCUCUUCGCUCAGCUCAUCAACAACAAGGUGUUCCUGCUGACCUUCAUCAGGACUCUGGAGCUCCAGCGCUCCUUCUCCAUGCGCGACCGCGGCAACGUGGCGUCGCUCAUCAUGACGGCGCUGCAGGGCAAACUGGAGUACGCCACCGACGUGCUCAAACACCUGCUCUCUGACCUCAUCGACAAGAACCUGGAGAGCAAGAACCACCCCAAGCUGCUGCUGCGUCGAACGGAGUCCGUUGCAGAGAAGAUGCUCACCAACUGGUUCGCCUUCCUUCUUCACAGGUUCCUCAAGGAGUGUGCUGGGGAGCCUCUGUUCAUGCUAUACUGUGCCAUCAAGCAGCAGAUGGAGAAGGGUCCUAUAGACUCCAUCACAGGAGAGGCGCGCUACUCCCUCAGUGAGGACAAGCUGAUCAGACAGCAGAUUGACUACAAGACCCUGAUCCUGAACUGUGUGAACCCUGACAACGAGAACAGUCCUGAGAUCCCAGUGAAGGUGCUGAACUGUGACACCAUCACCCAGGUCAAGGAGAAGAUACUGGACGCCUGCUAUAAGAACAUGCCCUACUCACAGAGGCCCCGCGCUGUCGACAUGGACCUGGAGUGGCGUCAGGGGCGGAUGGCCCGCGUGGUCCUGCAGGACGAGGACAUCACCACCAAGAUAGAGAACGACUGGAAGAGACUCAACACACUCAUGCACUACCAGGUGUCUGACCGCUGUGUGGUGGCUCUGGUGCCCAAACAGACCUCUUCCUACAACAUCCCCCCAUCAGCCAGCAUCUCCCGGACCUCCAUCAGCAGAUAUGACUCGUCCUUCCGGUACACAGGUAGUCCAGACAGUCUGCGUUCCCGUGCCCCUAUGAUAACCCCUGACCUUGAGAGUGGGGUCAAAGUGUGGCACCUUGUCAAGAACCACGAGCAUGGAGACCAGAAGGAGGGAGACCGCGGCAGCAAGAUGGUCUCCGAGAUAUACCUGACCAGGCUGCUGGCCACCAAGGGUACACUGCAGAAGUUUGUGGACGACCUGUUUGAGACGUUGUUCAGUACCGUCCACCGGGGUAGCGCCCUGCCCCUCGCCAUCAAAUACAUGUUUGACUUCCUGGACGAGCAGGCGGACAAACACGGCAUCCACGACCAAGAUGUCCGUCACACGUGGAAGAGCAACUGCCUCCCGCUGCGGUUCUGGGUAAACGUGAUCAAGAACCCUCAGUUUGUGUUUGACAUCCACAAGAGCAGCAUCACGGACGCCUGUCUGUCUGUGGUGGCCCAGACCUUCAUGGACUCCUGCUCCACCUCAGAGCACCGCCUGGGCAAGGACUCGCCCUCCAACAAGCUGCUGUACGCUAAAGACAUCCCCAACUACAAGAGCUGGGUGGAGAGGUACUACGCGGACAUUAACCGUCUGCCGGCCAUCAGUGACCAGGACAUGAAUGCCUACCUGGCAGAGCAGGCCAGGCUCCACUCCACAGAGUUUAACAUGCUCAGUGCUCUCAACGAGAUCUACUCCUAUGUCUCCAAAUACAGCGAGGAGAUCACCAUGGCCCUGGAGCAGGACGAGCAGGCUAAGAAACAGCGUCUGGCCUACAAGGUGGAGCAGCUCAUCUCAGCCAUGUCCCUGGAGAGCUGAAACAGACCACGGGAUUGGACGACUGGACCGGCCCGGGAUAUCCAUCAGCCACAGCCACCCAACCAACAGUCCCGAUACUCA